UUGGCUCUAGUUUGGGGUGGUGUGAGAAGUACACAUGGUAUUUUUCGUGAGCAAACAUUUAUUCAUGAAUGCAGCUUGUAUGGUCUGCAAACUUUGCAGAUAUUGGAUUUCCUUCCGACAAAACAUCUACCUUUCGAGGAGAUGGAUCCUAACGAUAUACGUGUUGGUUUCUCGCUUCGAUCGGCACCACUUGUCCUGGGGGAGUAUCCGGGUUCAUACUGCUUCACGUCACUGGGAAAGAAGGCGAAUAACAAUCUAUUCACGGAUUAUGGAGAACCCUUCUCUGUUGGGGAUAUCAUCACUGCUCAGAUGGUAAAAUCUCUGCAUCUGUGCUCCUGUCGUUUCAAUUUUCUUUUGUUUUUAGGAUUUUGGAAAAAGAUCCGUCUCUAUCUACCCCCACAUCUGCGUGAAAAACUGUCGUGUCUUUGUGAAUUUUGGAACCUUCCCGGGGGGCGCCCAGAUUGGGUGUUUCCUAAUGCUGUGCCAAGCUCGCAAACCGAACGUGCUCCUGUCCCUCCCGAAAGCAAAUCUGACUGCACGGUAUUGAUGAUGGUUGGUCUGCCUAGCGUUGGAAAGACCACGUGGGUACGUCGUUACAUACGUGAACAUCCCAGCGAGCAUUGGACAUUGAUUAGCUCAGAUACCAUCCUAGCUUCUAUGAAGGUGAAUGGUAUAUCGAGAAAUAGCAGUCAUAUAGGAAGAUGGGAUAUGGUGUUAGGCUUAGUAGGAAAAGCAAGAAACAGGCUUCUGUCAUUAGCUGCUAGAAGGCGUCGAAACUAUAUUCUUGACUUUACUAAUUGUGAUCCGGACACUCGAAAAAAACGACUUGCGCUUUUCGAGGGCUUCUUCCGACAGUGUGUAACGAUCGUCCCGUCCGAUGAAGUCAUGCAGCAGCGACAUGCCCGACAUCUAAGACAGAACAGGGGUGAGGGGACAGCUGCAGUUCCGAUCGAAACAUUCUUAGAGUUGAAAGGU